AUGUACGUUCGAUUUCGAUCAGUCGACACUGAUGAGAGACUUCACCAUCCUUGGGUCUUUUUGACCUAUUCACGAUGUUCCAUCGAAUCGAAAGAUGAGUUCGAAGAAGGCUUUAGCGAUAUGCUACAGCGUAAUGAGUUUACGAAAUCUACGUAUUACGGAUGUCGAGAACACCAUGUAACCGAAGGUAUCCAUUACCAUGUCUUGGUAAACCUUGGAAAACAGCGCAACUGGAGUUUCAAACAUGCUCGCGCAAAGUUUGCUGUCGACAACAGCGAGUGUGACUUGUUGCAUAUUUCCCCGCCCCCGGCGAGACCGAAUAUUUCUCAAUACAUUGAGAAUUGCGUGAAAUAUUGCGAAAAAGAGAAAGGAGGCGACUGUUUCGGCCAACGGCCAACCACUUCUGUCAAGAAACAACAAGAGCGGAAGCGGAUAUGGGAGGAAAUAGGGUCCCAGCCGACUGCACCAGCAAAUAUUGCGAAGCUCAAGGAAAAUUUCCCUGAAGUUAUUCAAGCUUUACAAUUGCUCCAUGACUGA